CACUUUCUUAUAUUUAUUCUGCCCUUCUUCGCAAAGGCAAGAUUAGACUACAGACUACAUUGCACGUUUCCAACUACUCCUAGCCUGCUGGUCGUUGCUUCACGAUAAUCCAGGCCGAGAAAACAAUCAGUAAAGGAAGCCGCUAGUUAAAGGAGAUACGGCCUGGUCAGAGGCAAAUAAGUUGUCCAGCCGGUCCAAGGAGCCUUGUUGACUUGCAUCUAAGGGAUCUCAGUUUGUGGUUCAGCAUAUCAGUGGCUUGUCUCUAUGUCCUCCAAACCAAAAAUCCUCCUUCUCGGCCAGAUUGAUCAUGCUCAAGAAGCGUGGCAGUCUCUCAGCUCGCUCGGCGAUCUGAUAGUCCCGACCGCCACCAAUCGCGACGACUUCAUCAGGGAUUGUCGAGACGGUAAACUCGACGGCGUGGUCGCCGCUUAUCGCACUUUCCAGUCAACGAGCAUAACUGGUCUUUUUGACGCCGAGCUAUGCAAUGCUCUCCCGAAAUCAUGGAGAUACCUUGCUCAUUGUGGCGCUGGAUACGACCAGAUCGACCCCGAGGCCUGUUCCGCACGGGAUCCACCACUUCUGGUUUCCAAUGUUCCGACAGCGGUUGACGACGCUACAGCGGACACGGCGAUAUUUCUCAUGCUGGGCGCCCUGCGAAACUUCAACAUCAGUAUGACGGCAUUACGAAAGGGUCAAUGGCGUGGUAUUCCACCUCCGUCGCUAGGUCACGAUCCCCAAGGGAAAGUACUUGGCAUCCUAGGGAUGGGCGGUAUCGGGCGAAACAUGAAGAAAAAGGCUGAGGCGUUUGGCAUGACGGCCAUCUACCACAACAGACGAGAGCUCGACCCCUCCCUGGCUGAUGGUGCGGAGUAUGUUUCCUUCGAAGAACUCUUGAAGCGCAGCGACGUGCUGAGUCUGAAUCUCCCGCUGAACCCGAAAACCCGCCACACCAUUUCCACCGAGCAAUUCAAGCUGAUGAAACCAAGCACGAUAAUCGUGAAUACCGCACGUGGAGCGGUGAUUGAUGAAGCGGCACUAGUGGACGCCCUAGAUAAGGGCCUCAUCGCGGGCGCCGGCCUGGACGUGUACGAGGAAGAACCCCGAAUUCACCCGGGUUUGGUGGGAAACGAAAAGGUCAUCCUGUUACCGCAUAUGGGUACGUGGACGAGCGAGACGCUGGAGAAGAUGGAGGAGUGGGCGAUUGACAAUGUGAGACUUGCGCUGGAAAAGGGCAAGCUAUUGAGCCCCAUCUUUGAGCAGAAGGAGUUGCACAGAUAAUUGCGGGUGCCAUUACAUGUUGCCGUUCUGUUUUCUUCUUCUCGGAUUGGGAUGCGCACAUAGAGAUAGAGGGUUUUUGAUGAUAGAGGUCUGCAAUGCGACUCAGAGUCUGGCGCUGAAUGAAUA